GCGGCGACGGUGGCGGCGAGCGGCGUCAGAGCUCGAAGGGGGGGCUGACGGCUUCUGGCGGGUGGCGGUGUCGGAGGCGAGCGCUUGCUUAGCCCGUAACGCUUCUGUCCCAAGACCCGACGGAGAGUGAGGGAGCGAGGGUCGCUUUCGGGGGCUGCUGCCUUCCCCUGACGCACCGUCGUGAGGAGCGCAGCCCGGACUCUCCUGCAAGCCCUCCGGCUCCCUUUCCACACGCCUUGAGGCGGCGGCGGCGGCGGCGGCGGCAGCUGAGACAGCGUCUCACCUUCCCCCACCCCUUCCCCUGUCCCCCCCGCCCGAAAGGGCCCGGUCUGCGCCCCACCCCCGCCCGCCCGCUCGCUACGCUGCCGCCAUGUCGGCGCAGGCCCAGAUGCGCGCGAUGCUGGACCAGCUGAUGGGCACCUCCCGGGACGGAGAUACUACUCGUCAACGAAUCAAAUUCAGCGAUGACAGAGUAUGCAAGAGUCACCUUCUCAACUGUUGCCCCCAUGAUGUCCUCUCUGGAACUAGAAUGGAUCUUGGAGAAUGUCUGAAAGUUCAUGACCUGGCUUUAAGAGCAGAUUAUGAAAUUGCGUCCAAAGAACAAGAUUUUUUCUUUGAACUUGAUGCUAUGGAUCAUCUGCAGUCAUUCAUUGCAGAUUGUGAUCGAAGAACAGAAGUGGCUAAGAAAAGACUAGCAGAAACUCAAGAAGAGAUUAGUGCUGAAGUGGCAGCAAAGGCAGAACGUGUUCACGAAUUAAAUGAAGAAAUUGGUAAGUUGUUGGCCAAGGUGGAACAACUGGGAGCUGAAGGAAAUGUCGAAGAAUCCCAGAAAGUAAUGGAUGAAGUAGAGAAAGCACGGGCAAAAAAAAGAGAAGCAGAGGAAGUUUAUCGGAAUUCUAUGCCAGCUUCCAGUUUCCAACAACAGAAACUUCGAGUCUGUGAAGUCUGCUCUGCCUAUUUAGGUCUUCAUGAUAAUGACAGACGACUGGCUGAUCAUUUUGGGGGUAAACUGCACCUGGGAUUUAUUGAAAUAAGAGAGAAGCUUGAAGAAUUAAAGAGAGUUGUAGCUGAGAAACAGGAGAAAAGAAAUCAGGAACGCCUGAAACGAAGAGAAGAAAGGGAGAGAGAAGAAAGGGAGAAGCUGAGGAGGUCUCGAUCACAUAGCAAGAAUCCCAAAAGGUCCAGGUCCAGAGAGCAUCGCAGACAUCGGUCUCGCUCCAUGUCACGGGAACGGAAGAGGAGAACUCGAUCCAAAUCUCGGGAGAAACGCCAUCGCCACAGAUCCCGCUCUAGCAGCCGAAGCCGCAGCCGCAGCCACCAGCGAAGUGGGCACAGUUCUAGAGACAGGAGCAGAGAGCGAUCCAGGAGGAGAUCCUCAAAAGAAAGAUUCAGAGACCAAGACUUAGCAUCACGUGACAGAGACAGGAAUUCAAGAGACAGAUCACCUCGUGACAGAGAUCGAAAAGAUAAGAAGCGGUCCUAUGAGAGCGCUAAUGGCAGAUCAGAAGACAGGAGGAGCUCUGAAGAGCGCGAAGCAGGGGAGAUAUAAUUAGCUGUGUACAUAUCCUCAAUCCUUAAGCUUCCUAUGGAGUUACAUACUAUUGUUUAGUUUACAGCUGUUGGGAGUAACAGUGAGAAGUUCCAGACUCCGAUCCAAAUAGGCUAGAUGCACAGUAUCUAACUUGAUCUGAACUGAACUUGUUUCCCUGAUGAAGCCUAAAAACUACAUCCAUAGUUUCUGGUGAACCUGUAAUGCAAUUCUGAAAGUACAGUUUUAUAUAAUAAGAUGCCGAUAUCUUUAUUCUUUCUAGUAGGAGUGAUAGUGAACGAAUUGUGUUGCUUGCCUUGGGAUUUUUUGAACAUUUGUAAAAUGCUGUCUUCCUUUCUAGUCCACAAACAACAGCUUUCAGAAUUUUUCUUUUUAAUUCUUCUUCCUCUGACUUUUGUAUCCCCUAAUACCUCCACCCUCUAAUUAUAAGAGAAAGGGGGAGCAGGGAAGCAAUAUAACUUCUGUUCUAAGGUUCUGUUCUCAUUUAUUACUAGCUGAUUACAGAGCAUUUAUACUGGAAAGUGUGCUGGAGAAAUUUAAAUACUGAGAGGUUUUGUUUUGUUUUACGGUGCCUAUUUAGAGUUGGAAGUUGAACAGCUGUUGCAUUACAUACUUUGCUUUUUUAUUGAAAUUUUGAAAUCAAACAUGUCUUGAUUUUUCUGUUCUAUUGCUAUGUUCAGGAUGUUUUGGAAAGGGGGGUGGGGGCAGGGACUCUUUCAUAAGCACUUGUUUUAUUUUGUGUGUGUGGAGUAUAAAGGUUACAACCUUAUUGUAAAAAAUAAUAAAAUGAAACAAUCACCACCACCGUCAUUAAACUGUAACUUGUCUAGUAAAUUGUCACUA